AUGAGGCUUUUGGGCCAGAAUGCAUUGAGUCAGUUCUUCUUAUGGGACAGAUGUUGCCAUAACGAGGAAGCAGUUAGCUUUGGUGACUACACAAUGCCAAAGAAAAUGCUUCAAUGGGUUUAUUGGUUCUUAGAUCUUCCGUUUUGGAUCCGCCAUAAUAAUCGGUGA